GGAUCGAGUCGUAACUGAAUCGCGAUCAUGUGACUGUGACAUAACGCGCUGCCUCACGCUCCCCUCUCGGUCUAAGUUUCAGUCCUCCGGACGCACACAUCCGCGGACUAGAUGUCGGAGACUCGCACCAUGACGAUCUUUCAAUUCUACUACUCCCACUUCACGCCAAUUCGAGGCACUGCUAUCUACUUAGGAGUCUGUCGCCAAAUUGUGUCCCAGCGAAUAUUUGCUUUACGCUAUCUGAUAAGCUGUGAAGUGGGCUAUCUUGUGCUUGGAUGCCGGGACGGACUGGGUUCAGGAGGAAGCUGAGACGACGAACUGCGAGCCGCGUGCCUCUGCGAAUCUUCUACAGUGAUCGGUUUCUCUGUGCUCGGCAACCCACCGUCCGUCGCAAUACCUAUCAGACAUGGCACAACAGGUCAAAGUCGGAGACGUUAACGGCAUUCCCAUCAUCAGUCUCGCGGCGUUCCUCAAUGCGUCCAACAAGCAAGCCGUCGCAGAGGCUAUGCUUGACUCUUUCAAGACGAUUGGGUUCGUAUAUCUAGUUGAUCAUGGCGUGCCCAAGGAGAAGAUAGACGGGAUGUUCGACUGGUCCAAGAAGUUCUUCGCCUUGCCAGCGGAGACCAAGAUGCUCGCGCCCCAUCCCCCGUCUGGGACGCAUCACCGUGGCUAUUCUCCCCCCGGCAAGGAGAAGGUCGUCCAGCACAUCUACGAUGAAAAGGAGCUCGCGAAGAUCCGUGCCAAAGCUCCGGAUGCCAAGGAGAGCUUCGAAGUUGGCCGAGAGGAGGACGCAGCAAUGACCAACAUCUGGCUCCCUGACGGGGUAUUCCCUGGUUUCAAGGAGGCUUGUCUGGACUUCUUCUGGGUUUGCCGAGAAGUCGAACUGACAAUACUCCGUGCCCUGUCUCUUGGGUUGCACCUCGAAGAGGGAUUCCUAGAGAAGUUCCAUACCGCGCCCGACAACCAGUUGCGACUCCUGCACUACCCCAGCGUCCGUGUUGACGAUCUCGAGAGAGAUGAAAUUGCUCGUAUCGGUGCCCAUUCCGACUUCGGGAGCAUUACACUGCUGAUGCAAGACAACGUUGGUGGUCUCGAGGUCGAGAAUCCCCACAAACCUGGAGAGUUCACGCCUGCGACCCCUGUUGAGGGUGCAAUUGUCGUAAACGCGGGCGACUUCCUCAUGAGAUGGUCGAACGACAUGAUCAAGAGCACCAUCCACCGCGUCCGGGCCCCUCCGAACGCAAGCAAGGAAGGUAUGACGCCGGAGCGUUACUCUAUUCCCUACUUCUGUUCAGCGGAUUACUCUCGCACCGUCGAUUGCUUGCCGGGAACCUUUACUGAGAAGAACCCGAAGAAAUACGACCCGAUCUCAUCUGGUCAAUACAUUAUGUCUCGCCUAGCGGCAACGUACUAAGCCCAGGUAUUGAACCUCGGUGAGAAAAUUUCUGUAGAUUUGGAUGCUUGUGAAGUAUCAUGUAACACCAAAGCCGACGAGUUUUGGUUCGAUGUAUGACUAUGGCGAAAAGGAAUAUUGGCAUACAUUAUCUUGCUUUCGGCGCGUGCACGAGGGUUCGUAGGUCGUCAUUAGGCUCGAAUGAUAUCAUAUAACUUUGACUAAA